AGAGAGAGCGCUACGCACUCUAUAGAGCCGCAACUUAUCGAGGUGGUGACGUAGGGUAGCGCGUGACGGAGGCUAAGCCCGCGAGCUGACUUCAGGAACUACAGAUACCAGCCGAUAGCUGGGGGAGGGGCGUGUAGCAGGAGAUACCCGGCGGGUCACUUGAGCUGCGGUCAGUACGCCCGCCUUCUGUCACCUCCCGCCGCGACGUGUGUGGGCGGCUCCUGUUUGUAGCGUGUCCCGGAUAUUGUACAGAGGAGGGGGGGUAUUACCACCGCCUCCUCUAUCUCCGCCUCUUCCUUGGCUCUCUCCUCCUCCGCCCAGCUCACCCGUACACCCGCCCGGCACCGGCAGCAGCGAGAGCAUCAUGGCGCUGAAGCGGAUCCACAAGGAACUGAAUGAUUUGGCUCGUGAUCCUCCAGCACAAUGUUCUGCAGGCCCAGUUGGAGAUGACAUGUUUCACUGGCAAGCAACAAUUAUGGGACCCAAUGACAGUCCAUAUCAAGGCGGUGUAUUUUUCUUGACUAUUCAUUUCCCAACAGACUACCCCUUCAAACCUCCUAAAGUUGCGUUUACAACAAGAAUCUACCAUCCAAAUAUCAACAGCAAUGGCAGCAUUUGUCUUGAUAUUCUCAGAUCACAGUGGUCCCCAGCUUUAACUAUUUCUAAAGUUCUUUUGUCAAUUUGUUCACUGUUGUGUGAUCCAAACCCAGAUGACCCUCUAGUGCCAGAGAUUGCACGGAUCUACAAAACAGAUAGGGAAAAGUACAACAGAAUAGCCCGGGAAUGGACUCAGAAAUAUGCUAUGUGAUGCUACCUUCAAGUCUGAAUAAACCUGCAUUAUAGCUGGAAUAAACUUUAAAUUACUGUUUUCCCCUCCCUUUCAGACCUCAUCUACUUACCUUCCUCUCUCCUUUUUUUUUUUUUUUUUCGUGCUGCCUCCCUUCAUGCACAUGCUCACACAGGAAGACUUUUAGCUCAAUAUUGGACAGAAACUGCUCUAGACUGUCAAGUAGUUACCAGAAUACAAUUGCCCAAGAUUCAUAAUUGUAUCAAAUGGAGCAUGUGUUUAAAAUGUGGCCAAUGUCUUCACCGUAACUUGGUUAUGAGACUAAAUCCAUCUUUCAUUUCUCACUGAAAUGGUGAAGAUAGCGCCUCUGUUUGGGCUAGGGAGGGGAAGGUGCUAAGCAGAAAUAAAUUAAACAAAAAAACGAUGCCCAGUUGUCUCAUUGUAGAAUACAGGACCAUGGAAUUGCUCUGGAUAUUUUGGUCAAACCCUUCAGCUAUUUCAGACUUCAUGAUGUACUUUAUGCUCAUAACUGAUGUUUGGGUGGCGAGUUGGUGAAAUUUAUAUAGCGGAACAGAAGUAAUGUAUUUUAUGCAUGUCAAUAAAUAUGACAAAUUGAAAUUGGAAGGUGAAACCCCAUUUAAUAACAGGAUCAAACGUUUUGUAAUUUCUCAUUGAGAUUUUUUUUUGGAGGCCGAGCUAUUAGUUGAUCUAUCCUCCAAAACACUGUUAAUAUAGCACUGAAUAAAACAAUUCAAGCGUCAAUGGCUGACUGAUCAACUAAUAGCUCUGUUAGUCUUUAUUCUUCAAUAAAGUUGCAUAAACCAA